GAUGUGUCAUGAACAUUAAUGACACUUUGAAGUAACAUUAAUGCUCAUGAUACUUGUCAUGUCAUGUUUCUGACAGGCUUGUGUGACUCUUAUGUAGACACCUUCAAAAUAAAGUGUUACCAUAUCUUGCUUAAGUCACAAAGGCAUGUUCAAAAAAGUCAUUUAUUUCUCUUAAGUUACAUAAUUUACACACAGUGUUAUUACUAUGCCAAUAGCCAUCCUUUGUUAUUUCCUUUUUGAGUGAAAUGAUCAAUAAAUGUCAUAUGUUACACUUGUAAAAAUGAAUUAGACGAUUAUUUUAACAGGGUGACGAUAUUAUAAAACAAUAUAAUUAAUACCAGGAGGAAACCGGCAGGAGUCGUUUUCCGCAGGUCUCCACCAGGUGGCGGUAAUGGGUGAACAGCACGCUGCUCCUACCGCUUUUAAAACCAGAGAAGAAGAAGUCUGUUUUCCGCCGGGCUCGGUGCUAGUCCAAUAUGGACCCGGACCCGGCGGACCCGGACCCGGGCCAUUCGGCUCCGACAUCAUUAACAGCUGCCCUACUUAGCUCCGUGUUGACCCUGAACCUCCCCCCGCCGCUCGGGGACCAGGUGUUGGAGCUGUACCGGCUCCAGACAGCCCUGCUGAACCAGAGGAGGGCCCGGGAGCUGAUGGAGCGGGACCGGCGGCGGCGCCAGUACCUCCGCCGGAGGAGAGCCUUCCUGCUGUCCUCCAUCGCCGCCAUCCUGAGCCUCAUCACCACCACCAACAGACCCGUCUGGGUCCGGAACCGGAGCCACGGGCAGAACUUCUGGACUCUGGCCGAGUCCUUUGACGAGGAGGAGUGGAAGGCUCAGUUCAGGGUGUCCCGGGACACCUUCGACUACCUGGUGGAGCGGGUCGGACCGGCCAUCAAGCGCCGCAGGACCAACUACCGGGCCCCGAUCGAGCCGCGCCGCCGGCUGGCCAUCACCCUGUGGUGGUUCGCCCGGUCCGGGGAGUACCGCUCCAUCGCCGGGAUGUUCGGGGUGGGGAUAGCCACCGUGUGCGUCAUCGUCCGGCAGGUGACCUCCGCCAUCGUGGACCGGCUGUACCGGCGGGUCGUGUCCCUCCCGACCGGGCAGCGGCUGGACGACACCAUCCGGGCCUUCAAGGACCGCUGCUACCCGCAGUGUGCCGGGGCCAUCGGCGGGACCCACAUCCCCAUCGCCCCGCCGAGAGACAACCCGGACCACUACAUCAACCGGAGGGGCUGGCACUCGGUGCUGCUGCAGGCCGUGGUGGACCACCGAGUCUGUUUCACUGACGUGUACGCCGGCUGGCCCGGAAGUACGAGCAGCGCCACGGUGCUGUCCAGCUCAGACCUGUACCUGAAGGCAGAGGACCGGCCUGAUGGUUACCUGUUCCCCCGACAGAAGUCCAUCGUGUCUGACGGCGUGGAGAUCCCCGUCCACCUGAUCGGCGACGCGUCGUUCCCUCUGAAGCCGUGGCUGAUGAAAGGAUACAGCCAGGAGCACCAGCUGUCUCCUGAGCAGCGCCGCUUCACCUACACGCUGACCUCCGCCUGGUCCGUGGUCGACACCGCCUUCACGCGCCUCAAAGGACGCUGGAGGUGCCUGCUGAAGAAGAGCGACAUCGACGUCUGCAUGAUGCCCCGGGUUGUGGCGGCGUGCUGCGUUCUGCACAACAUCUGUGAGAACCGCGGCGACGCCUUCCUCCCCGAAUGGAACGUCGAGACGGCGUCUUCUGGAAACUACCUGAGACCGCCGGACACAGAGCCGUACGAAGGAGACACUUACUGCACUGCUGAGGUCAUCAGGGACACCGUGACCUACAACCUACUCACUAUACUGCAGUACUGACCCUGAAAAUACUGCAGUACUGACCCUGAAAAUACUGCAGUACUGACCCUGAAAAUACUGCAGUAUUGAACCUGAUUAUACUGCAGGAUUGACCCUGAAAAAACUGUUGUACUGACCAGAAAAUACUGUAGUACUGACCCUGAAAAUACAGCAGUACUGAACCUGAUUAUACUGCAGUACUGAACCUGAUUAUGCUGCAGUACUGACCCUGACAAUACUGCAGUACUGAACCUGAAAAUACUGCAGUACUGAACCCUCAUUUUACUGCAGUACUGACCCUGAUUAUACUUCAGUACUGACCCUGAUUUUACUGCAGUACUGAACCUGACUAUACUGCAGUACUGAACCUGAAAAUACUGCAAUACUGAACCUAAAUACUGCAGUAAUGGUGCUGAUUAUACUGCAGUAGUAAACUUGAAAACCAGUAUAGCCUGUGUACGAGGGUCUGUGUAUUUUGCUAUGACACAAAAAGUUGUGUUUUAUUUUGCAAUAAAAAUGUGGACAGAAUUGCCCAGAGUUUG